AUGAACCAAAAAGUAGAAAUAGUCCGGCGGAAGUUGCUUGCUCAUCAGACAGUUUCAAAGAUGGCUCUUGCUAGUGUGCUGAGCAGUGAUUGUGCGGAUUUUUCAUAUAAUAAUUGCCAACCUUUUGGCUUCGGCGGUGGCCGCGAACAGAGCGGUGUGGGGUUCGACUCCACGCCGGGAGACGGGCUCAGCUUCUCGGUCCAGAACCCGCUGUGUGCCGGAGAGGAGGACGGCGUCGAGAGGAAGAUAGAGUUCCUGCACGGAACCACCACACUAGCCUUCAAAUUCCAGCAUGGCGUUAUCGUAGCGGUGGACUCUCGGGCCACAGCGGGCUCCUACAUCGCGUCUCAGACGGUGAAGAAGGUGAUUGAGAUCAACCCGUACCUGCUGGGCACCAUGGCCGGAGGAGCCGCAGACUGCAGCUUCUGGGAGCGCCUGCUGGCCCGCCAGUGCCGCAUCUACGAGCUCCGCAACAAGGAGCGCAUCUCCGUGGCAGCAGCCUCCAAGCUGCUCGCCAACAUGGUGUACCAGUACAAGGGCAUGGGGCUCAGCAUGGGGACCAUGGUGUGCGGCUGGGACAAGAGAGGACCAGGUCUGUACUACGUCGACUCGGAGGGGAACCGGGUGUGCGGCGACCUGUUCGCGGUGGGCUCGGGCUCCAUGUACGCCUACGGUGUGAUGGACAGCGGCCUGCGGCAAGACCUGUCGGUGGAGGAGGCCUGCGAGCUGGGCCGCCGCGCCAUCUACCAGGCCACGUACCGCGACGCCUACAGCGGAGGGCAGGUCAACCUGUACCACGUCCACAGCGAAGGCUGGACCAGGGUCUCCCAGGAAGACGUGCUCAUGCUGCACCAGCAGUACAGAGAUCAGGCAUAGGCACGAGAACCAGAAAGUAAGGGAGCGUUAGGAGUUUAUUCUAGUAUGUAAUGUUUAAAAUGUUCUGAGAUAUGAAUAAAAAGGACACACCUGCCCAUUGAUUUCCACUUGUAUUACUUCUGUGACCCGUUUAGACUUGUUGCUAGCUUCAACCUUUAUAUUGUACAUUUUUUCAACAAUGUUGCCGAGCACCACUCAACCCUCACAGUGUGAUUUGAGGGGCUGGAGAGACGGGGCCGAUGACUCAAACAUGCUUUAAUACAGUGUGGGAGUAGUGUGCUGCUUGCCCUACAUACAUUUAAUUUGGAUCAUACCCUGGAAAAAAAAAACCAUUUCUCAAUAAAAACCUGUGAUAUUCUUUUUCAA